AUGGAGAGGAUUGCUGCCUGCGCGGACGACUUCGCGUACACCGACCCCAUCGACGGCUCCGUGGCCAAGGGCCAGGGCCUGCGGUUCAUCUUUGACGACGGCAGCCGCAUCAUCUUCCGGCUCAGCGGCACGGGCAGCAGCGGCGCCACCAUCCGGCUGUACAUCGAGCAGUACACCGACGACAAGUCGCGGCUGCUGGAGGACGCACAGGUGGCCCUGAAGGACAUCAUCCAGGUGGCCCUGGACCUGUCAAAGCUGCAGGAGUUCACCGGCCGCGACAAGCCCACCGUCAUCACUUAA